UACCGGGGGUGGGGGGGAUGAGGAGGGACCCCCAGGAUGGCGCUGGGAAGGGACCUGAUGUCUCCCCCAUCAAUUCGGGGGGCCCGGGGCCGGGCGGGUACAUCCCGUCCUUCUACAGCCCCAAAAUCGCUUUUUACGCCGGCCUGAGGAAGCCGCACGAGGGCUACGAGGUUCUGCGCUUCGACGACGUGGUGACCAACGUGGGCAACUACUACGAGCCCUCGAGCGGCAAGUUCACCUGCCCCCUGCCCGGCAUCUACUUCUUCACCUACCACGUCCUGAUGCGCGGCGGGGACGGCACCAGCAUGUGGGCAGAUCUCAUGAAGAACGGGCAGGUCCGGGCCAGCGCCAUCGCACAGGACGCUGACCAGAACUACGACUACGCCAGCAACAGCGUCAUCCUGCACCUGGACGUGGGGGACGAGGUGUUCGUCAAACUGGACGGGGGCAAAGUGCACGGGGGCAACACCAACAAGUACAGCACCUUCUCCGGCUUCAUCAUCUACCCGGACUGA